UUUCUCGUUUCAGCUGCAUUUGCGAACGCUGCGGAACGCCGGCGAAUCGAGAUGCUAUUGGCUUAGUCCGCGCUCACUUGCAAAGCCAGUCUCUGCCAGAACCCGAUGGUAUUUUGUGACUUUAGCGCUGCGGUCACACUGGAAUCGAGUUUUUGGGAUUGACGAUUAGCGUAGAUUUUUUGUGCUAAUUUUGUGCAGAAAUCGACACAGCAGCCGUGUUAAUUGGGAACAAGUGGGAUCCCGAGCUGUUACACCUGGCGGAAAUAAAGGGUAACAUAGGAAAAUAGAAGCGACCAGCAGCAGCGAAAUGAACAAGGCUGACGUCAACCGCCGCGUUUUGGCCAUUCAGGCGAAGAAGAAGCGUCAUAAGAACAGGAAGCGGGCCAAGCAGAAUGGCACUAACCCACAGGAGCAGUCGAAUUCCAGCCAGAACCAGAAUCCCAAACCAAGUUCCAAUCCCAAUCCGGAACCGAAUCGGAGCAGCGAGAACUUGCAGGCACCGGAUAAUGCUAAUAAUAGCCAUUUGAAUGCGCCUAGUUCGGACGCAUUUAGCAAGGCGAAUGCAACUGCUACGGCCUCCACAUCCAGCGGAGGAUCAGCAGGCACUCCCGAUCAAUAUCAGCCACCCAAAAAAACGCAGGCGAAGUCGAAGCCCAAUACCCAGAAGGAGCACCAGCAGCAGCCGCCGCGUAGCAGCUCCAAUGAGUCCUAUGAAUCCGAGGCAUUCAGCGAUAACGAGGAGCAGGAGCUUAAGGAGGACUACUGCAAGGGUGGCUACCACCCCGUGAACAUCGGUGACCUGUUUCAUGAUCGCUACCAUGUCAUCCGUAAAUUGGGCUGGGGCCACUUCUCUACUGUUUGGCUGUGCUGGGACUUGCAGGCAAUGAGAUAUGUGGCAAUUAAAAUUGUCAAGUCGGCACCGCACUUUGCCGAGACGGCAAGGGACGAGAUAAAGAUACUCAAGACGGUGCGCGAGACCGAUCCAUCGAAUCCACGCCGUCGCAAAACCGUCCAGAUGCUGGACGACUUCAAGAUCACCGGCGUUAAUGGCACCCAUAUUUGUAUGGUGUUCGAGGUGCUUGGUGACAAUCUCCUGAAACUCAUCCGGAAGUCCAACUACCGCGGUAUACCACUGGCCAACGUCAAAGCUAUUACCCGGCAGGUGCUGGAGGGUCUUGACUAUCUUCACACGUGCUGCCAGAUCAUCCACACUGACAUAAAGCCCGAGAAUGUGCUCUUGUGCGUGGACGAGCCUCAUGUGCGCUCACUAGCAACUGAAGCCACCCAGUUGUAUUGCAUGAACUCAAAGAUGUACCCCUCAUUGGUGAGCAGGGCGCCCAAGGAGUAUCGUGAGCCACCUAUCACUGGCAAAAUGAGCAAAAACCGAAAGAAGAAGCUUAAGAAGAAGGCCAAGAAGCGCAUGGAGCUUUUCAAGCAGCAGAAAGACUAUUUGGAGCAGGCUGGUGGCCAAGCAGCCAUCAAUCCUAAUGAGGUGCAUAACGGCGACGCCGGAAUCUCAGAUGCCGAUGAAUACUUUGAUGCAAACUCUGUGGAGGAUAACGUGCACGUGGCCGCUGGGCAGCCACCGUGUAAGCAGAGGGAGGAGCGCAAGGCGCCCGCCGAGCAAAGUGGGGAGGCACAGGAGCAGGAACCACUGACUGAGGGCACUGACAAAGCCAAAAAGAAGAAGAAAAGGAAGAACAAAAACAAAUCUAACCAAUCAAAAGGGCAACAGCCGCCACAACUGGAAAACUCUACGAGCAGUGCCGAGAGCAGCAGUGCGCUCAAGAGUCAACAGACUAAUGGCAGUAGUAGCGCUACCAACAGUAAAUCCAACACCAAUUCAAGCGGUACUUUGAAAGGACAAUCAAACGGCAAAAAAAUGCCAUUGCGACCCAAGCAGGAGAAACAAUUGGAAAAUCAGCAGCAUCAACUAAACAACAACAACUCUAAGCCUAACUCGAACAGCGAUUCAAAAAUCUCAAGCGGAUCCGUGGAGAAUACAUCUUCGGCUACGAAUGGACCGCAUUCGAAUCCAACGCUGCCAACACCUCCUCCGCCGCCGCAAGCAAAGCACAAGGCUAAACAGGAUCCGGCGUUAGAGGAAUGCAACGUGAACGUAAAGAUCGCCGAUCUGGGCAACGCUUGUUGGGUUGAUCAUCACUUCACCGAGGACAUUCAAACGCGCCAAUAUCGGUCACUAGAAGUUAUUAUCGGUGCGGGCUAUAACACCUCGGCGGAUAUCUGGAGCACUGCAUGCAUGGUAUUCGAACUGGCCACCGGUGACUAUCUGUUUGAGCCACACUCCGGCGAAUCGUAUACCCGCGACGAGGACCAUUUGGCCCACAUCAUCGAGCUGCUGGGUCCAAUACCGCGGGAGAUUUUGUUAAACGGUACCUAUGCGGCAAAGUCGUUUACCCGUUCCUGCGAGCUACGAAAUAUCUCGGGCCUUAAGCCCUGGGGCCUAAUGGACGUUCUUCUGGAGAAGUACGAGUGGUCUGAAAAGGAUGCGGCGUCAUUCGCUUCGUUCCUUAAGCCCAUGCUCGAGUUCGAUCCGAACAAGCGUGCCACCGCUGCGGAGUGCCUGCAGCACCCGUGGCUUAGAUAAGAUACGAUGCAACCUGGUUGUUGGCUGCGUGCCACCCAGCCAGCAAUAGCAGAUGGAGGGGGAGCUCUAGCAGGAACCGGAAAAGGAACAAGAGCAACAGCACUAAAAGGUGGAUCACCGGCAGUAACAGCAGACGGAGAAGUUGGCGGGGGCUAUAUAGAAUCUUCGGCAUCGGUGGCUACUUUGGCUUCCAUCUCAUCAAUUGCUUCCACAUCGGCUGCAGCAAUGGCGGCACUGAAGGCCCGACCUUAUUUGGUUGCACCCUUUGUUACCACAGCCUCAGCACCACCCACUCCACAUCCCCACGCAUCCAUUUCGACAAACACGGCCCGCACAGCGCCAGCUACACCUACACGUCGUCGCAUCGGUCCCGAAAACGAUUUGGACCUGGUUGAGGACUUGGAUGUGGCACUUGCUCAAAUAGAGGACCCGCAGACACACACCAAGAACAAAUCGCAUCGCUUUUUCUGGCGCAAGGCACUGCGACGUGUCUUCCAGCGUCGAAAGUGACGGCGUCGCCGGCAGGACUUGCCCCGCUGGCAUCGUCCCGCCCGUCGCUGUCGUCGUCGCAACCUGGCCGAGCGGGUGAGGCGCAUCUGCGCCUGCUGUGCCUACGGCCAGAUCCUGCUGCGUGCAGCCCGCGUGGCCCUGCUCAGCUGCAUCCGCUGGCGAACCCGUGGCAACAUACGCAACAACAACUUUUACUUCAGCAACCACUAAACCAUCAGCAGCCAGCCAGCCAACCAGCAGUCGCUAAUCUCCGUGAUCCAGUAAACUCAAUUACCAUUCGAUUUAGUUUUACACACGCCAACGCUUAACUUAUUCCCUGUGUUUUAGAUCGACGAUUAGACCAUUUUUGUUGCUACGUAUGAAAUUAUAAUAUUGUAUUACCGCCUACACGAACACGUCCCCACGAAUCCUGUACAUAGGCUCGACAGUUCUCGAUCCCAUUAUUCAUUUUAAUUAAAGCGACGCAUAAGAGAGCGAUGGUAGAGCAUGAGCAAUUGUCGCAUACAAACCAUAUAUGUGUUACUGUACAUUUACCCGAGAUGCGAAUCGGCAAAUCUACAUUUAUAAGCGUACAUAGUUAAAUGAAAUAAAGUCGACCCAUCGAUGGGUGUCUAACACGCGCCAUCGUCGAUUCGAUGGAAUAGGGCAGUAGAGCAGCGCGUCUGGAUUUUUAUAAGCAUAUGUAUAUGCACAUGGAUGCAGAAACUUGAGCUGAACAUAACAAUAAUGAGAACGUAGUUAAUUAGUUUAUCCUCGGCUUAGUGAUCGACAUGAACAAUUUGAAAUGGCAUUAGUAAAAACGUAACCUGAAAUAGAAAAGCGAAUGCACUACCAACAACCACAAGAAAGUAAUCCUUAACCCCUAAUCGGAACUAAUAAGCGUAUAAAUAUAAUUAAAGUAGCCGCCACAAAAAA